UAGCUGCGUGUUUACACAUUUAAUAACUGUUCUCAAAAAUCAUUUGUGGGAAUUCACGUUUAUGGAGCCAAUAUAAUCCUUUCCAUCACAGCUUCCUGUGAAACUAUCCGGUUUUAACCCCUUUGGCUUUUUUUUUUUUUUUUUUGUACUUAAAGGGUAUUCCUCAAUCCAAAAUGACCGUCGCAGUGUUGCACAAAGUGGAUCCCCUGAUCUUAAGUGUAUUCUCCGAUUUUAAGUGAAUGCAUCCCAUUUGAGCUGGUCCUCAUCUGACCCACUGAGAACCCGACAGACCUCAGCUUUUCUGGGCUGUGCUUGCAUGCAGGCUGGAUUGUUUGACUGUAUCCGAUGUCUUGGUGCGGCCAUUCCCCUUUAAGCCUCCUCACGGUCCUUGAAGAGCCAGCCUAUUGUCUGAGAGUCCUCCCAUCUGUGGGGGUGGCUCUGCAAAAGUUUGCAGAGGGGAAAAAAAAAAAGUUUUCAAGCUGUCACUGGUCGUCGGGAGGAGACUGAUGGAGGACAGGAGGAAGACCAAGGACCGCUCAAUAACGUGCCAAAGCCGACUUUACAAAAGUUCCAGAGUUGGAGUCGGAAUGCACCCAAAACGAGCAGCGGACGCAAACGAUGAUCAGGCCUGUGUUGGAGAUCUUUAUUAGGACUGUGACGGCUGAAGCGCAUGGUCCAAGUGACGCCGAACGCGCAUCCAACUCAUAUGGACUUCAUCUAAAUUAAGCGCCGUGGAGUUUUUAUAGGGAGGCAUUAGAUGUUUCUGACACGCAGGUCUCCGUCCUGACAAAAUGAACCGUUCGGAGUGGGGGCUCCACGCUGCUGGACAAAGAGCGUCUCCCAUUCAAGUCCUCGUCGCGCUUCUUUUGGUGCUGGAGAUCUGCAAAGCUCUCGGAUCCCCUCACGAACCAGAGGGAUUUCUGCAUGACCUGCCUCCGUAUGAAGUGGUUCACCCCACCAGAGUCGAUGCCAGAGGCCACUUCCUGUCAAACAUCCUGUCUCACCAUGCCCGCCGCGUGCAGCGCCGGGAAACCUCCGAGGAGAGAGCCGACAGCGAUCGAGUCUUCUACCAGUUUCUGCACGGCGGCCACAGCUUGCACUUUAACCUCACCCUUAACCCAAACCUGCUGGCUCCGGGGUUCACCACAGAGAGGAGGUACGGUGGCCUGGAAGGGGCCAAGAUCCAUCAGCCCGGAGUCCCUAGGUGUCAUUAUCUAGGCGAGGUAUGGGACAAGACCUCCGUUAAGGGGAGUGCUGCGAUAAGUACAUGCAGUGGACUGACUGGGCUGUUUAAGUUGUCUGAGGAGGAGUUUUUCAUUCAGCCUCUGGAGAAGUCCAGCGCUGAGACCUCAGCACCUCAGGCCCACGCCAUCUACAAACGCCAUGCGUCUCCUCCUGUCCACCGUCCAGUCAUCCAGCCCAUCUCAGGGAAACCGGGUCUCAACGGCACCUGUGGAAACCAAAAUACCCUCCAGAGUUUUGAGGACAUCGAGAGGCAGCGGGAGCGGUGGGAACGACGCCAUCACAAGCGGAGGCGCAGAAUUCAUCAGCGCUCUGUAAGCAGAGAAAAGUGGGUGGAGACGUUAGUGGUGGCGGAUUCCAAAAUGGUGGACCAUCACGGGAGCAAAGCUGUGGAGGACUAUGUCCUCGCUGUCAUGAACAUUGUGGCGGGUCUCUUCAGAGAUGCGAGUAUUGGGAAUGCAAUCAACGUUGUGGUUGUUCGUCUCAUCCUUCUGGAGCAGGAUGAGGAUGACCUAAAGAUUACACACCAUGCCGACAACAGCUUGAACAGCUUCUGUAAGUGGCAGAAGAAACUCAACAUGAAAGGAGACGAGCACCCGCUGCACCAUGACGUAGCUGUUCUGCUCACCAGGAAGGACAUAUGUGCAGCCAUCAACAUGCCAUGUGAGACUCUGGGACUGUCUCAUGUGGCGGGAAUGUGUCAGCCUCAUCGCAGCUGCAGCAUUAGUGAAGACACGGGCCUCCCCAUGGCCUUCACUGUGGCACACGAGCUGGGACACAACUUUGGGAUUCAGCAUGAUGGCAACGGUAAUGACUGUGAACCCAUUGGGAAACGACCUUUCGUCAUGUCUCCACAGCUCCUGUACGGCACCUUCCUGCCCCGGUGGUCCCGCUGCAGCCGUCAGUAUAUCACCCGCUUCCUAGAUCGCGGCUGGGGUUGGUGCCUUGAUGAUGCCCCGGUGAAGGACAGGCUGUCUCUGACCUCGAUGCUUCCUGGAGUGCUGUACAGCGCGGUCCAUCAGUGUCGCCUCCAGUACGGAUCCGGGUCUCGCCUCUGCGAUGACAUGGAUGAUGUGUGCAGCACUCUGUGGUGCACCGUCGGAACGACCUGCCACUCAAAGCUGGAUGGCGCCGUGGAUGGAACAAGCUGUGGGGAGGACAAGUGGUGCAUCGAUGGGGAGUGCGUGCCUGCAGGCCUCAGGCCGGAGGGUGUUCACGGCGGCUGGGCUUCGUGGAGCGAGUGGUCGGCUUGUUCCAGGACGUGUGGAGCUGGUGUCCAGAGUGCAGAGAGAGACUGUGACAAUCCUGUUCCAAAGCACAGAGGAAAAUACUGUCUGGGAGAGCGGCGGCGGUACAGGCUCUGUAACACCACACCGUGUCAAGCUGACUGGCCUUCCUUUAGAAACAUUCAGUGUACUCACUUCAACACCCUGCCCUACAAGGGCAAGUUCUACAAGUGGGAGGCAGUUAUCAACAAAGUUAACCCCUGUGAACUUCACUGCCGUCCCCUCAAUGAAAACUUCUCUGAGAAAAUGCGAGACGCCGUCGCUGAUGGGACUCCGUGUUACGAAGGCAACAAAAGUAGAGACAUGUGCAUCAAUGGCGUUUGUCAGAGCAUCGGCUGCGAUUAUGUGAUUAACUCCAGCUCUGUCGAGGAUCGCUGCGGCGUCUGCAACGGCAACGGCUCCACCUGCACAACCGUCAGAAGAACAUUUGAAGAGAGGGAAGGUUUUGGCUAUGUAGACAUUGGACUGAUCCCUGAGGGAGCCUGGGACAUCCUAAUCGAAGAGGUAACUGAAGCUGGAAACUUCCUGGCGCUACGGAGUGACAACCCCAACAAGUAUUUUCUGAAUGGAGGCUGGACGAUCCAGUGGAACGGGGAAUACAAGGCGGCAGGAACCGUGUUCACCUACGAGAGGACGGGACAGCUGGAGAACCUGACGUCUCCUGGGCCCACGAUGGAGCCGCUGUGGAUUCAGCUUCUGUUUCAGGAGACCAAUCCAGGAGUGCGAUUUGAGUACACAGUCAGUCAAAAUGUUUCAGAGGAUGACGACAGUCCCGGGCGUGUUUACUUCUGGAAAUACGGAUCGUGGACUGAGUGCAGCGUUACCUGUGGAAGAGGUGUGCAGAGGCAGAUUGUUUACUGUGUGGAAAAGACGACCGGGAUAGCUGAGGAGCAUCUCUGUGAGCCCUCCACUCGGCUCGAUGGCAACCAAACCAGCUGUUACAGAGAUCCGUGCCCUGCCAUAUGGUGGGUUGGAGAUUGGCAUAAGUGCUCAGCAAGCUGUGGUAGCCUGGGCCAGGCUAAAAGGACGGUUCUCUGUGUUCGAGCUGUCGGUGCAGAGGAGCAGGAAGCUCUGGAUCCCAGAGACUGCAAGCACAUCCCCAAACCUGAGUCCACAUCCGCCUGCAACACACACAUCCUCUGCCCUGCCAACUGGAAUGCUGGCAGCUGGUCAAAGUGCUCGGUCUCCUGUGGUCCUGGACUGCGCCACCGCAAUGUCACCUGCUCAAGAAACACCGCGGUUGAUUGUGAUCCUCUAAACAAACCGUCAUCUGUCACGAGCUGCCAGGUUCAGGACUGUCUCCAGGUUUUGGGUAAUUUUGGAGACAUCGAAUGGUCCGGCAGUGGCUGGUCGAGCAAGGAAGUGCUCAAUGAAAUAAAUGCCAUACCUGAAGCUAAGCCUCCCCCAAAGUACAGCACCACCAAAGGUCAGCCGAGGAGUCAGAACGACCAUAAGUAUGCGGUUGAGGAUGAUUUUCACUACCACAAUAACAUUGAGAAUAACCGCUUCAUUGACGAUGACGAGCCCUCUCAUGAAACCAGUGUUCACAUUGAUGAUUUUUACUACGAUUACAACUUUAUCAACUUUCAUGAAGACUUAUCGAAUGAACUUGGGCACUUUGGGGAGGAGCCGGAGGACAACUCUCCACAGGAAGCCAAGCCAACCCACAGCAUGAAAGCAAAUGCUUGGACAGACAUUCCACAAACUCCCACAGCUACUUCUCCAGCUGCGACAAUCACAGAGCUCCACCUCUUGGAAAGUCAAGAGCCACAAAGCACAAAAACAGACGACACACAGGCGAAGUCUGAGGAAGUAAAUCGAGAUGAAAUAAAUGACUUCCUUUAUGAAGAUCACUUCCUUCCUGUGUCUGCCACCCGACCGUCGCCACCUUCCAAGAACUCGCAUUCACAAGCGGGAAAAAAAGGCAAAAGUCUGUGGCCUGGAGUCGCCGGCACAAUGCAGAGUCUGGUUUUCAGCACAAAGCAACCUGCGGAGGAUGAGACAUGGGGUCAAUCUGGAGAGGAGGUGGAAAAUAACGACACCGAUUUCAGUGAAGAGGAAAAUCAUUUUAACCGUCUCACCGUGACUCCAACACACAGCGCUCCUGCUGCCAGACAUCAAACCACUGCUGUUGCUGCAAAAUCAAACGCUCGAGAGGAGGCCGAGUUGGACAUCUCUGCAGAUAAAAAUGUAGGGAGCUCAGAACCUUUAGGCUUUCCGUUGCCAGAGAAGGCAACUCAUGCUGUGACUGAACUAGACAGUAAUGUAUCAGAAAUACCUCAAACAACCAGUCAGGACACAGAUACGCCAGGUGCUUUCACAAUAAAGGACUGGAUGCUGAAUCAGAAUAAUGUCGCCACGAGUGAUGAUGGCCGGUGGGACCAGCUGGGCAUACAGUCACCUCUUCCCUCUCAUAAACCCUUUCUUCCUGCCAUUCCUCUCAUUCUAAUCUCAGGUAAACAAGGCACAUCUGACGACUCGAUAUCUGUAGCUGAAAAAGAAGUCAGGUCGGAUAAAAAUCUUCAGGGAGCUACAAAUAUUCCUCCAGAUGUAAAACAGAUACCUCCAUACUCUGAGACAACUGGAACAGACCCCACAUUCCAGCCUCCUUCCUUUCGCUUUUCCAAUUUUGAUCACAAUGAAAUAUCCGUUCCCUCAGUGACGCAGGGCCACGGUAACAGUCACCCUGACCCUUCAUACCGGUCGAUGAUCACAUCGGCCGUUCCUAAAUUCAGCUCAGCUCCUCCACAGCUCACAAAAUCGACUACGCUCAGAUCUCUGCCAACCCAUCCGCCGGGCCUGUGGCUGCAUCCAGUCCAAACGUCAACCUCCCCAUUCAGAGGGCCCGCCUUCUGGGUUUCCGGUAACUGGAGCACUUGCUCCACCAGCUGUGGUCUGGGUGCCGUCUGGAGGACCUUAGUUUGCAGUACGGGCUCAGAAUCUGACUGCGAUCAGACCAAGAGGCCUGCGCCUGCCAGGCAGUGCUACCUGAGGCCGUGCUCCACAUGGAAGGUCGGGGAGUGGAGUAGGUGCACCAAGAACUGUGAAGGUGGAAUGAGAUUCAGAGAGGUCCAGUGUUUUGACCUGAGAAACCAACGACCUCUUCGACCUUUCCACUGCCGGGCCAUGUUCGCCAGGCCGUUAACACAACUGCCCUGCAACGUUCAGACAUGCCUUGACUGGUACACUUCCUCCUGGGGCCAGUGCUCUGAGGUGUGUGGAGGCGGUGAGCAGCAGCGCAUCGUCACCUGUCCAGAGGAUGAUCGAUGCGACCAAGACCUUCAGCCAAGCGCUAUUCAGUCCUGCAACAGCCAGCCCUGUGCUCAGUGGCUCACUGGAUCGUGGGGACAGUGUUCGGCUUCUUGUGGAGGAGGACUGCAGCAUCGGCUCAUCAAAUGCGUCGACACCAGGACCGAGGCUUCAGAGGAGGUGGAUCGGGUUCAGUGUGACCACAAGCUGAAGCCUAACGACACCAAAAAGUGCAACGUCCGGGACUGCGAGAGUGAUCCCUCUGGAGCGGUUUGUCUUCGCGACCGUCUGGCAUCUCGCAUCUGUCUCACUCUGCGCUCGCUCAGUCGCUGCCACCAGCCAAACAUGCAGGCACGCUGCUGCAGGACGUGCAGUCAGGACUCCGGCAUGCCUCUCCACUAAGGCCCCACUCUCCUCGCUUCAACCACAGGGUAAUAAACCACGGGCCUUUACAGGGAGCCAACCAUCGGGACCUCUGCUAACGCUUAACAAUCAAGUCACGGACAGACAAUCGUUCACUUGGAGCUGGUGUGAAGGACAGAAUUGCAGCAAACCAAGGGCUUACAUAUUUGUUUGCACUUUGUGCGUCCCGCAUUUUGACGACGUUUGCUUAGAAGGUUAGAGUGUUUUACAGAAGAUAGAUUCUUUCGUUCUACCCAGUUACAAUGCAUUAACACAUUUAGACAAACCACUAAUCUUUUCUGUUGUAAUGCUUGUUUUUAUUGUGAUGACUGCAGCAGAGUCUUAAAACAUGCAGCUCAGUGGCUUUUAAUAUGUGGUACAUGUGUUGGGAAGCAAAACAUAUGGUGCAUAGCUGAUAAUUUGUCAUUUCAUUGAGUCCUAUGCUUUUAGCCCUCUGCUUUUCUGCUAAGCACUAAUCUUUUGCAUUAUCAAUCAAUCAAUCAAUCAAAUUUUAUUUGUACAGCACAUUUCAGUAGCAAGACAUUUCAAAGUGCUUUACAUCAUAUCAAACGCAGAAUCACAA